AUGGACCCAAAUCAAUUCAGUGGGAUCUUUCAUUCAUAUUUUUUCCACCAAGAACGUUUUAGAAAACUCUUGGACCCUCGAAUUUUUAGUAUCCUACUUUUGCGCAAUUCACAGGGUUCAACAAGCAAUCGAUAUUUCACGAUCAAGGGUGUAGUACUAUUUGUAGUAGCGGCCCUUCUAUAUCGUAUUAACAAUCGAAAUAUGGUCGAAAGCAAAAAUCUCUAUUUGAAAGGGCUUCUUCCUAUACCUAUGAAUUCCAUUGGACCCAGAAAUGAUACAUCGGAAGAAUCUUUUGGGUCUUCCAAUAUCAAUAGGUUGAUUGUUUCGCUCCUGUAUUUUACAAAAGGAAAAAAGAUCUCUGAGAGCUGUUUCCGGGAUCCGAAAGAGAGUACUCGGGUUCUCCCAAUAACUAAAAAGUGUAUCAUGCCUGAAUCUAACUGGAGUUCGCGGUGGUGGAGGAACUGGAUCGGAAAAAAGAGGGAUUUUUGUUGUAAGAUAUCUAAUGAAACCGUCGCUGGAAUUGAUAUCUCAUUUAAAGAGAAAGAUAUCAAAUAUCUGGAGUUUCUUUUUGUAUAUUAUAUGGAUGAUCCGAUCCGCAAGGGCCAUGAUUGGGAAUUGUUUGAUCGUCUUUCUCCGAAUAAGAGGCGAAACAUAAUCAACUUGAAUUCGGGACAGCUAUUCGAAAUCUUAGUGAAAGACUGGAUUUGUUAUCUCAUGUUUGCUUUUCGUGAAAAAAUACCAAUUGAAGUGGAGGGUUUCUUCAAACAACAAGGAGCUGGGUCAACUAUUCAAUCAAAUGAUAUUGAGCAUGUUUCCCAUCUCUUCUCGAGAAACAAGCGGGCUAUUUCUUUGCAAAAUUGUGCUCAAUUUCAUAUGUGGCAAUUCCACCAAGAUCUCUUCGUUAGUUGGGGGAAGAAUCCGCACGAAUCGGAUUUUUUGAGGAAAAUAUCGAGAGAGAAUUGGAUUUGGUUAGACAAUGUGUGGUUGGUAAACAAGGAUAGAUUUUUUAGCAAGGUACGAAAUGUAUCGUCAAAUAUUCAAUAUGAUUCUACAAGAUCUAGUUUCGUUCAAGUAACGGAUUCUAGCCAAUUGAACGGAUCUUCUGAUCAAUUCAUAGAUCCUUUCGAUUCCAUUAGUAAUGAGGAUUCGGAAUAUCACUAUCACACAUUGAUCAAUCAAAGAGAGAUUCAACAACUAAAAGAAAGAUCGAUUCUUUGGGAUCCUUCCUUUAUUCAAACGGAAGGAAGAGAGAUAGAAUCAGACCGAUUCCCUAAAUACCUUUCUGGAUAUUCCUCAAUGCCCCGGCUAUUCACGGAACGUGAAAAGCGAAUGAAUAAUCAUCUGCUUCCGGAAGAAAGCGAAGAAUUUUUUUGGAAUUCUACAAGAGCCAUUCGUUCUUUUUUCUCUGACAGAUGGUCAGAACUUCAUCUGGGUUCGAAUCCUACUGAGAGGUCCACUAGGGAUCAGAAAUUGUUGAAGAAAGAACAAGAUGUUUCUUUUGUCCCUUCCAGGCGAUCGGAAAAUAAAGAAAUAGUUAAUAUAUUCAAGAUAAUUACGUAUUUACAAAAUACCGUCUCAAUUCAUCCUAUUUCAUCAGAUCUGGGAUGUGAUACGGUUCCGAAGGAUGAACUGGAUAUGGACAGUUCCAAUAAGAUUUCAUUCUUGAACAAAAAUCCAUUUUUUUAUUUAUUUCAUCUAUUCCAUGAACGGAAGAGGGGGGGAUACACGUUACGCCACGAUUUUGAGUCAGAAGAGAGAUUUCAAGAAAUGGCAGAUCUAUUCACUCUAUCAAUAACCGAGCCGGAUCUGGUGUAUCAUAAGGGAUUUGCCUUUUCUAUUGAUUCCUACGGAUUGGAUCAAAGACAAUUCUUGAAGGAGGUUUUCAACUCCAGGGAUGAAUUGAAAAAGAAAUCUUUAUUGGUUCUACCUCCUAUUUUUUAUGAAGAAAAUGAAUCUUUUUAUCGAAGGAUCAGAAAAAAUUGGGUCCGGAUCUCCUGCGGGAAUUUUUUGAAGAUCCAAAACCAAAAAGAGUGGUAUUUGCUAGCAACAACAUAAUGGAGGCAGUCAAUCAAUAUAGAUUGAUCCGAAAUCUGAUUCAAAUCCAAUUCCAAUAUAGUCCCUAUGGGUACAUAAGAAAUGUAUUGAAUCGAUUCUUUUUAAUGAAGAGACCUGAUCGCAACUUCGAAUAUGGAAUUCAAAGGGAUCUAAUAGGAAAUGAUACUCUGAAUCAUAGAACUAUAAUGAAAGAUACGAUCAACCAACAUUUAUCGAAUUUGAAAAAGAGUCAGAAGAAAUGGUUCGAUCCUCUUAUUUUUCUUUCUCGAACCGAGAGAUCCAUAAAUCGGGAUCCUAAUGCAUAUAGAUACAAAUGGUCCAAUGGGAGCAAGAAUUUCCAGGAGCAUUUGAAACAUUUCGUUUCUGAGCGGAAGAGCCGUUUUCAAGUAGUGUUCGAUCGAUUAUGUAUUAAUCAAUAUUCGAUUGAUUGGUCUGAGGUUAUUGAUAAAAAAGAUUUGUCUAAGUCACUUCGUUUCUUUUUGUCCAAGUUACUUCGUUUUUUGUCCAAGUUACUUCUCUUUUUGUCUAACUCACUUCCUUUUUUCUUUGUGAGUUUCGAGAAUAUCCCCAUUCAUAGGUCUGAGAUCCACAUCUAUGAAUUGAAAGGUCCGAACGAUCAACCCUGCAAUCAGUUGUUAGAAUCAAUAGGUCUUCAAAUCGUUCAUUUUAAAAAAUUGAAACCCUUUUAUUGGAUGAUCAUAAUACUUCUCAAAAAUCGAAAUUCUUGAUCAAUGGAGGAACAAUAUCACCAUUUUUGUUCAAUAAGAUACCAAAGUGGAUGAUUGACUCAUUCCAUACUAGAAAGAAUCGCAGGAAAUCUUUUGAUAACACGGAUUCCUAUUUCUCAAUCGUAUCCCACGAUCAAGACAAUUGGCUGAAUCCCGUGAAACCAUUUCAGAGAAGUUCAUUGAUAUCUUCUUUUUCUAAAGCAAAUCGACUUCGAUUCUUGAAUAAUCCACAUCACUUCUGCUUCUAUUGUAACAAAAGAUUCCCUUUUUAUGUGGAAAAGGCCCGUCUCAAUAAUUCUGAUUUUACGUAUGGACAAUUCCUCACUAUCUUGUUCAUUCACAACAAAAUAUUUUCUUCGUGUGGUGGUAAAAAAAAACAUGCUUUUUUGGAGAGAGAUACUAUUUCACCUUCGUCAAUCGAGUCACAGGUAUCUAACAUAUUCAUAUCUAACGAUUUUCCACAAAGUGGUGACGAAAGGUAUAACUUGUACAAAUCUUUCCAUUUUCCAAUUCGAUCCGAUCCAUUAGUUCGUAGAGCUAUUUACUCGAUUGCAGACAUUUCUGGAACACCUCUAAUAGAGGGACAAAGAGUAAAUUUGGAAAGAACGUAUUGUCAAACUCUUUCAGAUAUGAAUCUAUCCGAUUCAGAAGAGAAGAGCUUGCAUCAGUAUCUCAAUUUCAAUUCAAACGUGGGUUUGAUUCACACUCCAUGUUCUGAGAAAUAUUUACAGAGGAAAAAACGGAGUCUUUGCCUAAAAAAAUGCGUUGACAAAGGGCAGAUGGAUAGAACCUUUCAACGAGAUAGUGCUUUUUCAACUCUCUCAAAAUGGAAUCUAUUCCAAACAUAUAUGCCAUGGUUCUUUACUUCGACAGGGUACAAAUAUCUAAAUUUGAUAUUUUUAGAUAUUUUUUCAGACCUAUUGCGGAUACUAAGUAGCAGUCAAAAAUUUGUAUCCAUUUUUCAUGAUAUUAUGUAUGGAUUAGAUAUAUCAUGGCGAAUUCUUCAGAAAAAAUUGUGUCUUCCACAAAGGAAUCUGAUAAGUGAGAUUUCGAGUAAGUCUUUACAUAAUCUUCUUCUGUCCGAAGAAAUGAUUCAUCGAAAUAAUGAGUCAUCGUUGAUAUCGACACAUCUGAGAUCGCCAAAUGUUCGUGAGGUCCUCUAUUCAAUCCUUUUCCUUCUUCUUGUUGCUGGAUAUAUCGUUCGUACACAUCUUCUCUUUGUUUCCCGAGCCUAUAGUGAGUUACAGACAGAGUUCGAAAAGAUCAAAUCUUUGAUGAUUCCAUCAUACAUGAUUGAGUUGCGAAAACUUCUGGAUAGGUAUCCUACAUCUGAACAGAAUUCUUUCUGGUUAAAGAAUCUUUUUCUAGUUGCUCUGGAACAAUUAGGAGAUUGUCUAGAAGAAAUACGGGGUUCUGGCGGCAACAUGCUAUGGGGUGGUGAUCCCGCUUAUGGGGUCAAAUCAAUACGUUCUAAGAAGACAGAUUUGAAAAUAAACUUCAUCGAUAUCAUCGAUCUCAUAAGUAUCAUACCAAAUCCCAUCAAUCGAAUCACUUUUUCGAGAAAUACGAGACAUCUAAGUCAUACAAGUAAAGACAUCUAUUCAUUGAUAA